AUGUGUUUGAAGGAUUCAGCCCGUGGUUACAAGAGAGUUUCCCAUUCGUUCAUGGUUGACAGCAUCAUGACGGAAGUGCCGGGUUCGGAAAAGGGGGAAGGGGUGGUGGAGGACCUGGGACUGCCGAUCAUUUACCCCCGUGCCCGCCCGAAACCGGGAUUACCGCUACCUGGGCCAGGUCAGGCCAAGCCAACGUGGGCAGAGCCAGCGGCCAGAUGA